CCUAGAGGUUGGUACAGGAUACCUGACAACAAGCUCAGAUGAAACCAGUUUCAGCACGGACUCUUCUUCGCUGUGCCUCAAUUUAAUCUUCUGUUCAUAUGCUCAGUCAACAGGAUGGUGAACAAUCUGCUGCUUUUAGUCUCUUGUUUCCUGUCUUCAUAUUCUGCAUCAGGUUGGUUCACUUGUCACAAAUUGUACAAUUUCUGUGGUGGUUCACAUUAAAUCAAGCUUUGAGUUCUUUCUUUUUAGAUAAUCUGAUCAGAUUAUCUGGAUCAAACGAGCCAUGUUCUGGACGAGUUGAAAUCUACUACAGUGGUGUCUGGGGAACAGUCUGUGAUGAUCUUUGGGACCUAAAUGAUGCUGCGGUGGCCUGCAGACAGCUAGGCUGUGGUCCUGCUCUGUAUGCUCUACCGUUAGCCCAGUUUGGGCAAGGAACUGGACCAAUCUGGCUUGAUAAUCUGGGCUGCUCUGGAAGUGAAACUUCUCUUGCCGUGUGUGGGCACAAUGGAUUUGGGAUUCACGAUUGUGGACACCAUGAAGAUGCUGGUGUCAUCUGUUCAAUGAGUUUACCAAAGCCCAACAUCACCAUCCAGCCCAUUGGUGUGGUUAUGUGGGGCCAGGAUGUCCAGAUUACUUGUUCAAUAUCUGGAGGGGAAGUAGAAGGAUCAUCCAUCUUCACAAAGACCCCAGGUCCUUUUACCCAGACUGUGAACUCAAGCAGCAACUCGGCUACUCUGUAUAUUCCUAAAGUUACCUUUACAGAUGAGGGAGACUACCAGUGUCAGUUUAAAGUGAGGAUUUCUAGCAUAGACUUCAGCACCAACUUCAGCAGCGAUGUCCCACUCUAUAUAAAAGGUGAAAUUGCAAACUUGAGAGAGGAAGGGUUAUACAAGUGUCAGUUUCAAAGGAGAGUUUCUGAUAAAUACUUCAACACCAGCUUCAGUGAUUCUGUCCAACUAACUGUAAUAUUUCCAAAGCCCAGCAUCACCAUUGAGCCCACUGGUGUGGUUACAAGUGGUCAGGUUCUCCAAAUUUAUUGUUUGAUCACUGGAGGAGAGGGAGGAGAGUCAAUGAUCUUCACAAAGACUUCCGGUCCUCAUAAUGGGUUUGUGACCUCAGGCAGUAACCAGGCUGUUUUACAUAUUCAUAACAUUAACUUGGCAGAUGAGAGAUCAUAUCAUUGUCAAGUUCAAAGAGGAGCUUCUAGCUCCGUCUUUAGUGAUUUUGUCCAUCUGAAUCUGACUGUGAGUCUUCCAAAACCAAGCAUCACCAUGGACCCUGCAGGCAUCGUUACCUUUGGUGACCUCAUUGCCAUCACUUGUUCUGUCUUGACUCAAUAUCUAGGCGGAUCAUUCACCCUGCAGAAGACAACUGGAUCAUUCACUAAGACCCAACAAUCAAGUACCAACUCCUCCACUUUCAGAUUUCUUGAAGCCAAUAAUAAUCAUGAGGGAAAUUAUUAUUGUUAUUAUCAGAAAGAUUUGUACCAUCAAACUUUGACCUCGCCUAAUAGUGACAGUGUCACAGUUUCUGUUUCUGACAACUAA